ACAAUCACCCGUCAUCCAUUUAUUCAUAUACUCAAUAUAUAUAAACAUUUGAUUGGAUUGAUAUGAUGAGGAAAGUCCAGAUCCUGAAACUCUAAAUCUAUACAUACUCCCAACACUAUCUGCUGCUUUACUUCACAGAUAUAAUUAACCAUUAAUUUUAAUUAAUAGUAUAUGAAUCCUGAAAACCGAAGAAAGAGAAGUAGCAGUUGAUCCGCAUAUGUUAUCAGCAGAAGAAGACAGAUGUUAUCAUCAUCAGUAGUAUUGACGAAGAAGAAACCCUUGUUAACCCUCACUUUCUUCACUAUCAUCCUCUUUUUCACCCUCGUAUCUCUUUCUCCUUCUUCUCCUCCCUUCUAUCAGAUCUCUUUCUCUCCCUCUGCCACUUACGAAACGGAUAUAUGGAGUGCUAAGAGGAUACUAGAUUGGCGUCCUUGUAAUUGGUGGCUUCAAGGCCAUUUCACUGCUCUCCCAGCUAAGACUAAUGGUUACAUUCGAGUGGAUUGUUAUGGUGGGCUUAAUCAGAUGAGGAGGGAUUUAUGUGAUGGCGUUGGUGUUGCAAGAUUACUUAAUGCAACUCUUGUUUUGCCAAAGUUUGAAGUGGCUGCUUAUUGGAAUGAAUCGAGUGGUUUUGCAGAUGUAUUUGAUGUUGACUACUUUAUUCAACAGUUGAAGGGGUUUAUUGAUGUUGUAAAAGAAUUACCUGCAGAAAUUGCAUCAAGAGAACCUGUCCGAGUAGAUUGCAGUAAAAGAAAAGGCCAAUUUGAUUAUGUUGAGAGUGUCCUUCCGUCACUCUUGGAACAUCAUUACAUCUCUAUUACACCUGCCAUGAGCCAAAGACGUGAUCGGUUUCCGCUCUAUGGAAAGGCUGCCCUUUGCCAAGCCUGUUACAGUGCAUUGCGCCUAACAAGUGUUUUGGAGAAGAAAAGCUCUGAACUUCUAGCUGCCAUACCCAAACCUUUUCUGUCUCUUCACCUUCGAUUUGAACCCGAUAUGGUAGCUUACAGUCAAUGUGAAUAUAGUGGGCUAUCACCUUCAUCUAUCAAGGCUAUAGAGUCUGCACGUGUAGAUCGAAAACCUUGGACUGGUGAAACAGCUCGUGUUUGGAGAAGCCGUGGAAAAUGCCCACUUACUCCUAAUGAAACUGCUUUAAUCCUUCAAUCUCUUUCUAUCCCAACAUAUACAAAUAUUUACUUAGCAGCCGGAGAUGGAAUUAUGGAACUAGGAGGAUUAACCUCUAUUUACACAAAUGUUGUUACAAAAUCAUCUCUUUUGAGUGGUGAAGAUUUCAAGAUUAUGCAUGGAAACACGAAAGCGGCACUGGAUUAUUAUGUAUCGAUUAAUAGUGAUUCUUAUGUGGCCACAUAUUUUGGUAACAUGGAUAAGAUGGUAGCAGCAAUGAGAGCUUACAAGGGGUUGUAUAAGACUCUUUUUUUAAGCAGGAAAGCUUUUGCAGAGUUAACUUCCCAGGGAUUAAAAGGAAACGAGUUGAUGAAAGCACUGAGGGAGGCUCACAAAGAUGAUUUUGUAAUGGGCAAAGGUUCUGCUUUGCCAGAUUGUUUUUGCGACUUUAAAUUGUGAUUAUGAUCUUUCUUCGGUUUUUGGGCUAAUCUUGUAUGCAUUUUUAGUAGCGGUUCCUGUUGGUUCAUUUACAUUCAUUUUUUUGUAAGAGUUUUUGUAACUGAUUCUACCGAUUUUGAUAGAAACCUUUAUUCCAUUGUAUGAAAA